UUAACCUGUCAAUAUCAUGUCUGAAUAUAACUCAAUAUUAUGGUGAUUCAUUUGUCAGAUGUUAUUCGACAAAAAUAAAAAUAAAAUAUGGGUAACGCAUCAGCAAAACAACCAGAAAUUGAAGCAAUUCCACAACCGAUUUCAGUUGUUGAACCAAAUAAAACGGAACAAAAAAAAUUGAAACCCUGUUGUGCAUGUCCUGAAACAAAACGCGCUCGUGAUGAAUGUAUUAUCCAAAACGGUGAAGAAAAAUGUGGCGAUUUAAUAGAGGCACAUAAAGAAUGUAUGCGCAAAAUGGGAUUUAAAAUUUAAAAUCAAUUUUUUUGUUUGACGUUUUAUAGUAAUAAUAAUGUAUCAAUUGUACGGCGGAUUUUCCUUGUUUCCUAUGAAAAUUUGUUA